AUGAUUGAGGUCCACAAAGGAAUAUGCAGUGCGCAUCAAGCCGGCAUCAUAAUGAGGUGGCUUUUAAGAAGGCAUGCUUAUUAUUGGCUGACCAUCCUCAAAGAUUGUCAAAAGCAUGGGCUGAUUCAACAUGUUCCGACUGGACCAAAGAACCCCAUUGUCAAGGCUUGGCCUUUCAAAGGUUGGGAAGUGGAGGCCAUCCCACUCAAUAAGGUUACCUAG